AUGAAUUCAUUGCCUUUGGAGCUCAAGUUGCUAUUUAUCAAGUUUCUCGAACCUAGAGAAAUAUCCAGGCUUGCUAGGACUUGUCGAAAUAAUUAUGAAGCAAUCAGUUCUUGUGUGUGUUGGGAAACUGUAUUUGAAGCAAGGUUUGACAAGUGUGAAUUGCCAGAAGACAGACUAAGCUCGAAAUCCGUGUAUCAGCAGCUGCACAAGCAUUCUGUACGAUUGGGACCUCGCAAUCUGACUAUUUGCUGGAUGAAUGAUCCACAUUACUGGGAAACAGUUGUCGAGCCAAACAGUACAUUUGGAGAGGUUGCUCAACUCCACAGUGUGUGUUGGCUUGAUAUUGCUGGAAACUUCAAGGGAGUGCCUCGCGGUGAAUACUAUCCAGUAAUCAGAUUCCAGACUGGCGAAUACAUUGGAUUUCUAGAUCGUGCAAAUAUCACAUUCAAGGUGGUGUUGGGCCAUACUGAGCAACCACCAACUCAUGUGCCAGUUGAAAGUACAAAAAAGUUUAAUGUUGUAAAGGACAUUGACCACUGGCAAGAUUUUGUAAUGGAUCCAAUCCAUGUCGGAACUUGGCCCAAUGCUGAUGCAUACUACAGUAUCUCGUGUACGAUUUCUGGUCACGAUAGAUCUUGGAAAAACAAGUUUAAAAUCGAUUCAAUCUAUCUGCAUGAUGUGAAAAAGGGACUGGAAUCUCUUCAUGUGUUUCAACCUGAACCUGAAGUUGUCUCUGACAAUGAGGAAGCGGAACCACAUGAAGACACUCUUGAUCCAACAGUGCAUGUGCCGCGAUUAAUGAUCCGAGGUCGGCCUAUGCAGCGUUGA